CGGGGCGGGGCAGGAGCGCCCGGCGGUACCGGCGGCGUUCGGGGGCGGUGCCUCCACCGGCCCCCAGCGACUCCCGCCGCGGGCCGGGCUCUGCCGGGCGCACCGAGCGGCUCCUGGGGCGCGCAGGGGGAACGCCGUUCCGCCCCGCGCGCCGGUUCCUCGGCGCCGGCCUCCCCUCGGCCGCCGCGCUGCUCCGGGGCCCGCCCCGGGGAGGGGCUUUCCCGCGGCGCCCCGGCCGCGCUGCGCUGCCGCACGUCCGCCAGUCCCCGCUGCUUUUCCUCGCCGUGGCCGCGGCCUUGCCGGAGCCGCAGCCCCGCGGCAGGUCGGAGAUAACUUUUAAUUAUUUUCUGGUCAGAUGUGGAGCUCCUCCUGUGGCUCCGGUCGGCUUUUUCAUCACUACUUCGAUGGACAAGUGACAGAGUCAGCUCCCUCCUACGGUCGAGACAAAAGACUGGGUUUUUUCUGUGGUUGUUGAGGGAGUUCUGUCAGUCUGGCAGGUUCAGCAUAUGCUGCACCUCGUUCUUUUAUGCUGUCUUUGCAGAAUUGUGACCUUGCAGUAGAGAGGCCUCUGGGACAGAAAACCUGAAACUACAGAAACAGUUGAGCAUUUUUUUCUAUUUUUUUUUGCCCUGGAUCCGUUCAGUUGUAGAACUUCUAACAUUUAAGUGACAUCUCAGUGGAGGUAGAACACGGACACAGGAAGAAUCCAAAUACAACUGAAGACCAUGGCAACACACUGGAGAAGAAUCCUGACAGUAUUUGUGACAGCUCAAGUACUAUUUGUGGUAAAUGCCUUUGAGGAAGAGGACGUACCAGAGGAAUGGAUUCUUCUUCAUGUUGUCCAAGGUCAGAUUGGAGCAGGAAACUACAGCUAUUUGAGACUAAAUCACGAGGGAAAGAUCGUUCUUCAGAUGCGGAGUUUAAAAGGUGACGCAGACUUGUACGUGUCUGAUGUGACACUGCACCCCAGCUUUGACGAGUACGAGUUACAGUCUGUGACUUGUGGCCAGGACAUCGUCCACGUGCCUGCACACUUCCGCCGCCCUGUGGGAAUAGGGAUUUACGGGCACCCCUCUCACCUGGAGAGCGAGUUUGAAAUGAAGGUGUACUACGAUCGAACGGUUGUACAGUACCCGUUUGGCGAGGCUUCUUACAACCCUGAGGAGAUGGAGGCAAGCCAGAAAUACUCACAGCCUACAGAAGAUGAAUCUCAGGAUGAGGAGUCUGUUUUCUGGACUAUACUUAUUGGAAUCUUGAAAUUAAUACUUGAAAUCCUUUUUUAAAUUGAUACACACUGGACUUAACUCACACUUCAUCCUGUGAAAUUGGUAUGAAUGACUUGCUGUUAUACUUAAUACUCACUAUGUUUCCUGAACAGAUAUUCAGGUUACAUUUCCAAAACCAGAAAGGAAGUGGGGAGAAAAAGCCAUAUUUAAUUUUAUAUUGUAAAUCCUCCCCAAUAUGUAAAAUGAGCAGCCAGGACAGUAUUUGCAGUGCUCUUCAGAGAUCAGAGCUUAAAAAUGAAUGUAUAGUUGGGGUCUUGUUAAAUUCACUUAAAAUAGGUGCUUAGGAAAAUCAAAUCCAAUUCAGUAUUUUCUAUUGUUUUUUAUAAAGAAAAAUUAAUAAACUACUGCACUUCAGUCCCCCUCUCAAUUUAGAGCAUAUUUAAAAAUAAAACCUGCUUCUUUUCUGAGCAAGCAUCUCCAGUAAAACUGAUCAGCAACGUGUUUGAGUGUAUUCAUGAAGCUGAGCAGCUUAGGGUGAAGGAAGGAGAAAACAAUCAAUCACCUAAGGGAAUAGAUGGUCUGUAUUCUAACUGUGUGUGCUCUACAUCAUAUCAGCCAUCUGUCAAACAGAGGUUGGUCCAGUCACUCAUCACCACUACAAAUCCAUGACCUGAAUCAAGUGCAUGUUGAUUCUUUGCUAUUACUGCAGGGAGAGGGAGCCUUCAGCUGUUGUUACUUGUCAAUAUGACAUUUUUGUCUCAUUAAAAACAACACAGCAUACAGGUAUCUCAAACUUGAGAGGUGCUUUCUUACACUUCCCUUGAUAGCUUUUUGUGAUUGAUUUUUUUUUCCAAGCACAUAUUUAUGAAUAAGUCAUUAGCUUGCACAGAAAAUUUAUGCUGAAAGGGAUUUACAGUAUAUUAUAAGAAGGUCAUCUCAUGCCUACUCUUCCUUAGAAGUUACUUUUGCCAGGAAUACUUUUUGCUUUGGUUGAGUAUUUCAGAAUAACCAGUUGCUAUGCAAAUAAAGUACAUGAAAUUGCUCUGUAAUUUUCUUUUCACAGGGCUUACUGAUAAGUGCACUGAAAUAAACAAGUACGUUGCUAUAAUUUUAUACAAAUGCAUGUAUAAUUUAAAUUUCAUUAUUGAAAAGCUUCUCUUUUUUGAGUGGUAAUUUGGCUUGCCUCUCUCAACACCUGACAAGACAGUAGUGACUUGUAUCACAAAAAAUCACUAUAUGGACAAAGUUUAUUUAGUAAAAAGAAAAAAAAGUGGUAUUGCUCCUCUUAUAGAGUGGUUGAUUAAAUAGCACCAGAGUAUCACUUUAAUUUGUGCAGUUAAGUUUUGGACAGCAAGUUUUUAGGGCUUUCUUAGCCCUCCUUGCUGUUUUUCCCCCUUCUUCCUCCUCUUCUGGGUACAGGAGGGUCUUUCUGACAACAAUCACAAAUCCAGCGACCUAAGAAAAGAAAGUUAUCAAUUAUUGGGAAACUAAGUUUGUUACUCUCUUACCUAUUUAGGCAGCCCUUCACCAUUCUGUUAGGUGCUUAUCUAUUUGCAGUAUUUCCUUUAAAGCGAACAACAAAUGCUUUUAAAAUUAAGCAUCUUUUCUAUAAAGCAGCGUACACAAUUCACACUCCCUUGCAGACUCAUUAUGUGUAACCAGUAGCUACAUCAAUCUUCAUGGACCUCAAGAAGUGCCAGCACUCCAAGGAGGUGGUUAUUAGGUAAGAGCUUUACAAACAGUGCUCGAGUUUGCCGGUUAUAUUUUCAGGUGAAUGACUACAGUUCAAGGUUGUGAAGUUACCCAGAGCAGAAAUCAAUGGCAGCUGGGGAAGCAUUUAACUUUUUAUUACAACAGCUGGAAUCAAAGGCUGUUUUGGUAAUUUUGUAGUUUUGUAGACAUAUAAUCUAUUUUGAUUAUAUUCCUAGGUCAGCCUCAAAGUGAAAUCAGCCACAGAACCUGCACAAAAGUGACAGCUAGCUCCAGUGCUUCCCAAAAUGGGGCAGUACAGUGUGUUUUAAGUACUGUCCAGGGAAUACUGUCACUGCCACUGAAUACAUAUUCAUGAACUUACCAUGGACAUAGAACUACAUGUAAAGCAACAGUACCACCUGUUAUUUUCUUUCUACUGCCCUGAUAUGGGCAGUAGAUAUGAGUGUCUUGGCAAUUUAAAGCUACUGGCUUGCCUGCCCACCUGUGGAGGUACUUCUGUUGCAGUUUUGAUGUUUAAGAAUAAAAAAGGGAAUGAAAGGGUUUAAAGAGAUAUUUACAAAUACUAAAUUGGGACAACUAUUUCAUUUAGAAGCUGAAACAGCACAAUUAAUGUGAAAGCUACACUCUAGCAAUAUGCAGCAAUACAGUUUAUUUUACAAGUUUCUUCAGUGAAAAGAGGUAAUUAUUGUCAGUAUUCUGUGGAAAUGGAAAAAACAUAGUUCUGAGCGAGCCUGUUUGGGUUAUGCUGUAAAAGCCAAUUAUAUUUCCUGCACAGGAAAUGUGAGGUUUAACUGUGCACAACCAAAUAUAUAGAAAUAAAGCUUAG